AUGCCUCCAAUUGGAAAUAGCUUCCGUAGCAUGAUGCGUGGAAAUUCAUCGUCUGAGUCAUCAUCGAUGUCAGAUGAGAACGACAUUCAGAUGCAAGGAUGGAUGCGAAAACAGAAGGAAACACUACGUUCAUGGGCACGUCGAUACUUUACACUUAAUGGUAAAGUACUUACAUACUAUGAUAGUGAAGACACGAGUCGUGGUGCACGUGGUGUGCUUGAGUUUGUGGAUGUGACGGCGCUUACGACUGAGAAGAAUGGACUCUCCCUACACUUGAUGAGUGGCAAGGAGGUCCGACUGAUUGCUGAUACACAAGUAGCUUAUGCAGCUUGGAUGGCCGUGCUAUCAGCAGCUGUCAAACGACCACGCACUACUAAGAACCGAACUAGUAAAGAAGGUUGGGCCCAUUGUCUGACGGACGACGACGUUUGGACGCGCUUUUUUGUUGUGAUUAAACACGACAGUUUUAGCUGUUACGAGUCAGAAGAUGACGAUGCAGAACUUGCACUGUCGGGACUGAUCCGUGCUGUGAAUGAGUGGGACGGCAAACGCUUUGGCAUUGUCUGCUCGCUCAAUCGUGGUCGCACCAUUAAGCUAUGUUUUGACUCGGCUGAGGAGAAGAUGUCGUGGUUCCUUACGCUCGAAUUUUCGGUCUCGUACGGCGCGGCACGAAUGAAGAAGGAGGCAUCUUUCAAACACAACAGCAACGAUCAUAACCCUGUGAUGCGUGCUGACGCAUCCAAGAUGGAUGCUGGUGCUGCAGCAGCGGAGGUGGAAGAAGAUGACGGCGUAUGGAUUUAG